AUGGCUUGGUCGAUGAUCGACAUGAGCUGGCAGGGUGAUCAAGUCAACUAUGAUGAAUACCACAUGGUGGACUUUUCUCAAGCCCAGACUCAAGAAAGACCCAUGUCAUCGAACAGUGAUUGGAAGUGGACUGGGGAUGCAAGAACAGCAUCACCAACGACUUGGAAUGCUGUUUCGACUCCCCAGGCUAUGCCAACUGCCGGUGAAAAUUGUGACUGGAAUACGCUAUCUUCAACAAACGCCGUCAAUGCGAUUUGGACUGGCGUCGAGAACCCUACUCCAAACUCUGGUCUUGAUUAUUUCCCCAGGAACACAGCAGCCUUAUUCUCGCACACUGAUCGCAUCUCACCUGGGGCUCAGUCUAUGGUCUUCCCAGGUCAAGCAAGCCGCGAGGAAAUCAAGUGCAAUCCAGAAGUCGACCACCGGGUCCUCAUAACUCGGCCUCAUGCUCGUCUUCCAAAUAGAAUCAAGAAGAACAGAAGAAUCCAGCCGUACGUCAUUUCUGAAUUCCUUUGA